GUUCACGGCUCGUGUUUCUGCCGUGGCAUUCCGUCCAGCGAGGCGAUUUCCUGAAGCCCCAGAAGGCGCGCAGAGGCCUACACUCACAGCCAUGGGUGCGACGCAGGCUAAGGCGGCGGAGGCUCUGGGAGACGAGGAGCUUCUCCGCUUGGCGCUGGCUUUCAUCCGCGAGCGUCCCUCCCUCAAGGAGGCGAUCGCGAAGCGCAUCUCGUCUCCGAUCGACUUCGAGGACGCCGUGUCCGGCCCUCCAGACAAGGCCCCGGGCGUCGCCGUGGUCUUCCAGACCUCCUGGGCGCGCCCCCACAUCCACUGCCGCGUGGGGCCCGCGGCCCCGUGGACGGGGCCCCCAGGGCUGCCUCUGGGCAAGAGCCAGGUCGACGGCUUCGAUUCGCCUGGCUGGUUUGCCAUGAGCCAGUGGAUGAAGGGGCCUGGCGACAAGGACUUUUCGGUGGCGCGCGCUGGGCUGUGGAUCGUGCGAGAGGGCCAGCUCUCGCCGUGGCAGGCGGGCGGCGCGCUUCCCGCACCCGCUGCACCGGCGCCAGCGCCGCUGGCGAUGCGUGUGGCGCAGUGUGGCACCGCGAGCCCGGCCGAGCUCGCAGGGGCGGGCGGGGUGAGCAUCCUCUACCACACGGGCUUCCAGAGCCCCUGCGUCCACUGCCGGGUGGGGCCCGACAGCCCGUGGACACAGCCUCCCGGCUUGCGCCUGGCAGCGAGCCAGGUCCCGGGCUACGACGGCCGUGGCUGGUUCUGCCUGCGCCUUCCCGAGGCGCAGAAGCUGGAGUUUCUGUUCAAUGACGGCAGCUCCAGCUGGGACAAGGCCCCGGGCGGUGGCAACUUUACAAUCCCUCGUGCGGGCGCUUGGAGAGUAGCCGCCGGGAAGGUCGAGGAUGCGACGGCUGCGCCCCAGCCGACCGUGGCGCUGGCGCCAGCGCCGGCGCAGGCGGCGCUCGGCCCCGCGCUGACCAGCGCGGACAUGCUGGCACCGCCGCAGUCUGGGCUGCCCGCCCAGACAAAGCUGGAUGGCAUCACACUGCUGUACUACACCUCGUGGGAAUCGCCGUACCUCCACUGCCGCGUUGGGCCCACCAGCGCCUGGACCGUCAUGCCCGGCCUUCCUCUGCACAAGGCCUCGGGGGAUUUGGCCAGGGACUUGGUGCUGGGCGUCGCCGGUUCCAAGGACGAGAUUGGCGGGGCCGUCUGGUUCGCGGCCCACCUGCCGAAGCUGAAGGCGCUGGAGUUCGUGGUGAACGAUGGCGGCCCGCACUUCAGGUGGGACAAGGCGGGCGGAGGGCGCGACUUCCAGGUGGGCGAGGCGGGUGCCUACGUGGUCCACCACGGGCGCCUGGAGAAGCUCCCGGCGCCUCCAGAGGUGCCCAGCGGCGUCGAGGUCAAGCAGGUGGCGCGCGCGUCCGUGAGCCUCGCAUGGGCGGCUGCCUCGGGCGGGGUGAAGGCGUACCGCAUCUUCCGCGACGGGGAGGUGGUGGCCUCCACGCUCGCUGGGACGACAUCUUACACAGACUCGGGCCUGCUUGCGUCUUCCGUUUUCAAAUACGAAGUCGCGGCGGUCGGCCCUCAGGGCAUGCCCAGCGAGCGCUCCAAGCCAGUCGAGGCCAAGACGAAGCCGGCAGGCAAACCGGGGGCCCCGCUCGAACUCCGCUGCACCGUGGCGACCACGAAGAAGAUUGAGCUGGAGUUCGUGCAGCCUGAGGACACUGGCGGAGCGCCAGUGACUGCUUUCGUGGUUUCCCGCAAUGGGCAGGCCCUGGCCACAGUCCUUGCUGGCGCCGCCAGCGACAAGGUGGCGUGGUCCGAUACGAGCGUCAGCGCCGGUGCCUCCUACACUUACUCUGUCACGGCCUGCCACUUGCCUGCGGAGAACCAGAUGCGCGACGAGGUUCUGAAGUCUCGGAAGGCGGCGGGUCAGGACAGCGGCGUGCUGCUGAGCAUCCCGAAAGAGCUCAACGAGGGCGAACCUGCGAAGCUGGAGCGGGUGGAGGCGGUGGAGGAACUGGAGCUGGCGCCGUGCUCCAAGGAGCUGCAGCAGCAGCUGGGCGUCAAGGGCUUCACCGUCUUCUACAGGUCGCACUGGAGCAAAACCUUCAUGCAUUGCAAGUCCCUCAGGCCGGGCUCCGCCUGGACGGAGCUGCCGGGCCUGCCCAUGACGGAGAGCCCCGCCGCCGCGUUCCCUGCCGCGGAGGGUUGGGUCGUGCUGUACUUCCCCUACGCCGCCGCUGGCCUGGACUUCGUGUUCAACGACGGCGGGAACCAGUGGGAGAAGGCGCCGGGCGGUGCCAAUUUCUGCGCGGCCAUGAGCGGCGCGGUGCGGGUCAUGAACGGCCAGGCGGAGCGCGUGGUUUCACCGCCGCAGGCGCCCACCAAGCUGGCGGCGAAGGUCCUGGACGGCUCCCGCAUCGAGCUCUCGUGGACGCCGCCUCCCGUGGGCAAGGACGAGGGGCCGGUGGUGGGCUACAGGGUCUACCGCGGAGCGAAGCUACUCCAGAGCAUCGACGCGUCCGCGUGCACUUUCGUCGACGUCAACCUGUUCGCCUCCACGGACUACGAGUACACCGUGAGCGCCGUCAACCAUCAGCAGGCCAGCGGCGCGCAGUCCCAGCCCGUUGCCGCGCGGACUGGGAGACCAGGCCCCCCGUCGGCACCGAGGGCCCUUCGCGGCUCUACAUUCAAGGUGGACGGCGCGAUGCGCGUGAAGUUGGAGUGGGAGCCGCCGACGGAUUGCGGUGGGGCGCCCAUCGCGCAGUACGAGAUUCUGCGCAACGGCACCCUCUGGGGCUCCUUCCAGGUGCACACCGACCAGCUGGAAGAGGAGACCAACAAGGCGCAGCCGGUCGAGGCCGUGAAGCCCCCGCAGCAGCGCUGGUUGCGCUCCACGGCGUCCUACUCGACGCUGUCGUGGUUCAAGGACGCCCUCGAGUGGGUGGACGAGGACGUGGAGGCUGGCGAGACCUACGCAUACCAGGUGGUCGCCGUCCAGCUGGGCAAAGGCCGGGCCAACGAGCUGAAGACCAUGCGGCGGUGCAGCUCGCGGCUUCUGGACGAGGUUCAGGACGGCGUCAAAGGUCCUGCGAGCGAGCAGGCGCAGGUGAAGGCAGUGGCCUUCGUCGACAUCCCCAGGCUGGGAGAAGCCAAGACCAAGAUCCUGUUCCAGGCCUUCGACUGGAACUCCCACCACACCCCGAACUGGUACCUCACAGUGCAAGGCAUGCUACCGGAGCUCCGCAGCGCGGGCGUCAACAUGAUCUGGCUCCCCCCGCCCUCCGACUCCGUGGACCACCACGGCUACCUCCCGCGCAUGUGGUACAAGCUCGACUCCCACUACGGCUCCGCCUCCAUGCUGCAGGACCUCGUGAUGGCCAUGAACGAGCAGGACAUGGCGCCCGUACUCGACCUCGUUGUCAACCACCGCUGCGCCGCGGCGCAGGACUCGCAGGGCCGCUGGCUCGUCUUCAAGGAGCCCGACUGGGGCGGCUGGGCCAUCUGCCGGAACAGCCCCGCGGUGCCUGGCGGCAGCGGCAGCGACGGCACCGGCGUCGAGAUGGCCCAGUUUGCCCCGGCCGUGGAUCACACAAACCCGCAGGUGAAGGCGGACGUCAAGGAGUUUAUCCGCCACAUGAUGGAGGACAUCGGCUUCCGCGCGAUCCGCUUUGACAUGGUGAAGGGUUACGGGCCGCGGUUCCAGGCGGAGUACGUGCGCGCCGCGGGGAACCCUUUCUCCGUGGCGGAGAACUGGAACGGCGACGUCAACGGCCUCGCCGACUACGUGCGCGAGUGCCAGGGCGUCAUGGCUGCCUUCGACUUCCCUUUCUACUACAACCUGAAGCGUUCCAUCCAGUCCAACAACUUCAGCGAGCUCAGGGCCAUGGACGGGAGGUUGUCUGGGCUGGUCGGUCGCGAUCCGGUGGGGGGGGCCGCGGAGAUCAAGGUGUCGCCCAUGCCUCAGCCAGCGGGGCUUCGCGACUGGAAGCUGCGCGCAGAGCGGAUGAUAUCUCCCGCGUAUCCGGACGUAGAGGGCGCUCAGUGCCCGGCAGGCGCCCGGAGAGAGGUGGGCGAAGUCCCGCGCAUCUGCGCCCCGCGGAGGGCCGCUCUGACCCGCUUCAAGGCGGACGGCGGAGGCUGGCCUCGCGCGGCCCCGCCGGCGAGGAGGCAGGGCUCCGACUUCGAGGACGCCGGUGCCGAUGUUGACGCCGGGCAAGGCUGGACCAAGGGUGCUGCCGCUGCCGCGAGCGGGGCCUACGCAGGUCGGUUCUGUCGCUUGCAGCACUGGGGAAUCCGCGAACUUAAGCGCAUGGCGGAGCCCGCCCCGCCCCUCACGGAGGUCGCCCUGCGCUCCGACGCGCGUUGGUGGGCGCGCAACGCGGGCGGAGCGAAGCUGGCCCACCUCUGCUGCUACUGCGAUUCCGAUUACCAGGACAAAAACGCUGGGGGAGAGAUCCCAGUUCCCGUCUUCGAUUGCACAAGCAAGACAAUGAAGAAGUUUCUCUGGGAGGUCGCCACCUGGCAGACCGGCAGGGAGGUCAAACCCCUCAAGCAAAGAGCGACGCUUCUGGCGAGUCUCAAGGGCAAGGCUGAGGAGGCGCGCGAGGAGCUCGACCUGGACACCACCAAGGGCGAUGACUCGGUGGAGGUCUUCCUGGCCUACCUCGGGGAGUGUUUUUCCGAGAUCGAGGAUAUCCGCGACUUCAGCGACCGCUUCAACGGCGUCGCCACGAAACUGAAGGCAAAGGGCAUUCAGGUGCCCGAUGAGGUCUUGGCUGGCCUGUGCAUCAAGGAGGCCCGACUGCCUCUUGGGCGCGCGGCCAGCUUACUCAAUGCGGUCGGCAACAAGUUCAACCCCGCGAGGAUCCAGGAGCAGCUCAUGAUUUACCUGCCCAAGGCUUCGGUCGUGGACGGCCACGGGGACCACCGCGACAAAGGAGGUUACGGAGGUCACAGGAAGGACCACACGAAGGUGUGCGCCACGGACGCCUGCGACGAGGAGCGUAAGGCCGAGGACAGAUUCGACGGCGCAUCCUUCGACAGCUCCGACGACUUCGACGACCCGCCAGACGAGCUGCUGGGCGCGGUCGACGACGCGGAGGAUAAGCUCAAGGAGGCUCAGCAGGCGCGCGGCUACUUCGCAGGGCGAGACGGCGGGCCCUUGCCGAAGAAGGACGACGCCAGGAUCACCGAGAUGAAGGCCAGGACGCGCUGCGGAGCUUGCGGCCUGAAGGGCCACUGGCGCGGCGACCCGCAAUGCCCGAAGGAAAACGAUCCCAGCGCGAAGGAUCAGAUUAGGGCGGCGAGGGCCAGCAGGCAGAGCGCGCUGCAAGCGAUCGACCGGAAAAUGCUGGGCCGGGGCGCCAAUGCUCUCGAGGGGAUGACUGCCUCCCACUUCUGGGGUCAGAAGAUGAAGCAUGGGGAGUCCUUCCAACGUCAUGCAACGUGGCGCAGAUCACGCAAAGAGAUCAUAGGCUACGAAGAGCAAUGCCAGAUAGUGAGCCUCAGCCAGGGUGUGUUCGAUUGCAUCAGCAGGCAAGCGGUAGCGAGCAACGGGAGCAGCCAUCAGCCCGCAGUUAUCAAACGGCAUAAUCACCGCAGCCAUCCGGCUCGAGCUCAACUCUGGCUUCGCCAGCGAGUGCGGCGCGUGCCUUUGCAUAUCCAACCGCCGCAGCUUUCUACGAUCCAGCGGUCGGCGCUGAUGCCCCCGCCGCACCAGCGGUGUGCGACGUCUCCCAGGGCGACGAACCGGGGGGCCAGCGAUUCGAGCAUGCCGACGCCGAGCACUUUCCGGCUACCAGCGAUCUCCAGCAUGAGGAUGCCGCAGUUACAGGCGGAAGUGGCAAGCUACGAGUUGGAUGCGCGCGGCGCCGCGCGCGACCAUUUCCGAGUGAUCCUGCGCGAGCUGGGGGCCGAGGCGCACGACGGCAAUGUGCUGGGCUACGUCCCAGUUUUGGGCAUGGUGUGCAAGGAGGAGCUUCAGCAGCUGUGCAGGGAGAGGAACAUCGAGUUCCACCUGCGCGCCUUGGGCUCGGUGUCUCAUCCGAGCUCGCAGACCAAGGGGGGCGACAAGAUGCGCUUCGGCAAGUGCCCGACGGCCGACAACCAUUGGGUGCUCAAGACCGACUUGGGCUACGAACGUUGGGCGGUCCUGGAGCUGGACAAGGGGCGAGCAAGCCCGCUCCUGGCGCGCUUCGCAUGGUGGGUGAAGGCCCGCGGAGUCAAGCCGCUCCCGCAGGAGAAGGCCAAGGCCACCAUUGAGGCAGUGAUGGUCGAGGAGGUGGUGCUGGGCGACGAGGCGGUGGCGUCAGCGGCCAUCGCCAAGGGAACCCCGAUGAGGCAGGGGAGCUGGGUUGGAUAUCGCCGCGGGCGACCUCUUGAGAAGCGCGAGAUGGGCGCCGGCGACGUGGGCUUUGCGAAGGCGGGCGAGACCGACUGGGAGACCCACGAGUCCCCAGCCGCUGCAGGGAAAGCCGCGGGUGGCAACGGCCGCCAGUGGGAGCCGCCGGCCUCGCGCCGGCGGCCAGACAUCAAGAAAGGCAAGCGCGUUGGCCUCCUCUGCCAGGUCACGGGCUUGCUGGGCGCCUUCGCUUUUCAGGCGGUGCUUGCCGCGCAGUGGCUGUCCGGGCCCUUCAAGCUGUUCGCCCAGUAUGCGACGGGCGCGGCGCAGGACUUGGCGGAGCACUUCAAGAGCGUCAAGGAGAUCUACACCACUCGGAGCCAUCGCGCGGACAUCAUGCAGGUAUUCGGAGGCGAGGGGGCUGUAUUAUGGAGAUGGCGCUGGGCCGCAACAUCAGUGGAAGUGAUCGACCGCAAGGGCGGCUGGGACUUCCGCGAGCAGAAGGACCUCGAGACGGCGUGGGACCUAUUCCAUUCAUCGAGGCCGAGGUUCGUGUCGAUCGAGCUACCCUGCGCCUACUGCGCGAGCAUCACGCGCCUCAGCUUGGGCGCGCCGAAGGACAAGCAGGCACUGCGGCGACAUUGGCGGGCAGAGCGGCCAUUCAUCUCGCUGGCCCGCGACCGCCGCCGGCCGGAUCUGGGCACAGCGCGUGCUGAGGCAGCCGCUGACCGACGAGCGCGUGCACCUUGUGAGGCGCGACGUGUGCGAGUAUGGGGCUCGACGCUACAAUUCUGGGGGCUCAUCGAGCACCCCGCCAGGCUGCUGGUCACCCACGAGGAGUUCGAGCAGCUGCGACGCACCUGCAGCCGCAAGCACCGGCACGACCAGACGGUCGGUGACAACGCGGCGGUGCGCAAGUCCGGCACUACCCUGCGAAGUUCCGCCGAGCGGAGCAGGCCACCGCCUAAUUACGCGAACGAUAGCGCGUCCCUGGGAGGGAUGGGCGAGCCCACUGGGGGCCCAGACCCCGUGGGUGGCGGAGGUGACUUCGCUCAUGCACGCGACGUGCGGGCCGACGAGACUGUGGGCGGCAGGAUCGGGGUCGGCGCGAUUAUUUUCACAAAGAACACAUCAUCCUGCUGCAAGCCAGCCGAGCUGGCCAUGCUCAAGAGACUUCACGUCGACUGGGGCCAUCCGUCUGAUGAAGACUUGGGUCGCAGCCUGCGACUCAAGAGCUCCAAGUCGGCCGCCGUCCAGGCCGUCGGGGGGCUGAUCUGCGGGGUGCGCCGCUCGCAGCAGCGCCCGAGCGCAAAGAGACCAACGCACCUCCACUUCGGGCAAGGUUUCUUCGACGAUGCGGGCUUCGACUGCUUCGAGCUCGAGGACGUCGACGGCAAGAGCUAUUGGUAUUUCAGCAUCCUCGACCUGGCCAUCACCUUGCACGUCGCGACGCUGAUCGGUCGCCAUGCUAGCCAGGAGUUCGCUGCCGCGUUCGAGAGUUGCUGGGCCUCCUGGGCAGGGGUGCCAGACUUAGUAUUUUUCGACGUGGAGAAGGGGUGCGGCGGCGCCCUCAGCGAGCUGUUCCAGUCAUUCAACACGGAGCAGCUACCCAUCGCUGGACAGGCGCAUAGGACGAUUGAGCACUCGUCAACCAAGGGCGAGGACGAGAUGCGUUUGCUGGGCAUCAUGGUGUCGGGCGCGAAGAACUCGCUGAGGAGACGAGCUGGCUUCAGCCCCGCGCAGUGGGUGCUGGGGCGCCAUCCCACGGUGCCCGCGGACUUGGUGGACGACGCGGCCAACUGCAGCGCCCGCAGCCUCGCCUCCAACGACGAGAAGAUUCGCAGGCGCUAUGCUAUCCGGACGGUGGCGCGUGAGUCGUUCAUGAGGAUGCAGAACAACGACCAGCUCAGGCGGGCCGUGCUGGCUCGCGCGCGCACGGUGGCCACGCCCUUGUCAGUGGGUGAGAUGUACCGCGUUUUCCGCAAGGUGAAGAAGAAGGACCAGAAGGAGCAGCGCAACCGCAGCGCCAAGAAGGGCAUCCGGCGAGGUCCGUGCGUGGUCAUCGGUCAUACUGGCGAGAACACCUGGGUCUCGCUUGGAGGGCGCACCAUGCUGGUGGCCCCGGAGAGCAUCCAGGCGCUCGCUCCAGACGACGUCUUGCACUUGAAUGGCAGGGGCGGGCUCGGACAGGCCAUGGCCGAGCUAGAUCAGGAGAAGGCGCCCGUGGAGGACAUCCGCCCGGGGCCGGGCGAGCCCGAGGUGAAGCUGGACGAGAUAGAGCAGGCGCGGCGGGAGCUCCUCGACAACCGGGACGACGACGACAUCGGGCUGGACGUCCCGGUUGACCCGCAGCCAGAAGAGCAUAUCGAGGUGCAGCUCACCGGUCCAGCGCUACCAGCCUUGGAGGGGCCAACCUACGGCCCCGCUGAGCUUCGACGUCGGCGAGCCACUUUCGAUGGAGCAGACAGCGGCGAUUCCGGCCCGGCUUCCAAGCGCCUUCGCACCUCCAAGGAGCAUGCGGGGUCAGGUGCCGCGCCUCCGAGGGCAGCGUCGCGCGACCCUGAGGCGGCGCUCGGCAGUGGACCGACGGCCAGAUCCGAACCAGAAGGAGCUAGACAACGUUCAAGGUCCGCUCCCAGAGAGGCGAUGCAGAGCUCCAUCAUCGCCGAGAGGAUCACGCGCAAGCAGGCUGACAAGGAGAUCCUCUUGAGGGCCAUCAAGGAGUCCGACAGGGAGCGUUACCGGGAGGCGGCGGCCAAGCAGUGGAGCGAGUGUCAGAAGUGUGGCUCCUGCCAGGCGCUCUCCACCGAGGAGUCCGAGGCGGUCAGGGACAGGGUCAAGGCUUGCCUCAUCCCGCGCAGCGGGUUCGUUUACCGGGGCAAGAGCGCGCCGAUGCGGACCGAGAAGCACCCGCUGCCGGUCAAGUUCAAGGCCAGAUUCGAUCUGGAGAUCUACGCGGUGUUCGUGGAUGCGGCCUUCAUGCAAGUCGACGAGCAGCCCGACCAGCAUUUGUUCAUGGCGCAGCCCCGCGAGGGCCUGCCUGGGCUACGCCCGAAGCGGCUGAUCAAGAUCUGUAUGGGAGUUUUCGGGUUAGCUACGUCACCAGGGCAGUGGUGGGCGAAGCUCAAGAGAACCUUGCUUGCGGUGGAGGAGAACAUAGGCGACAACUUCGUGUUCCGCCUGCGCCAGCAUUCGCUGGAUCCAGCGCUGCAAAACGGCUGCGACAAGCUCGGGGAGUCGCGCGUGGUGGCGGUCGCUCGCGUGGGCGACCGGUGGUGGGGCAUCUCGCCCAAGUGCCCGAACCUGUGCGACAGAUUCUACAAGCUACCGCCGUGGGCGGGCUGGAGAGGCUUGUCGUUUAUAUUCUGUGGCAAGCAGGCGUGGCGCGAUGACGAGGGCGUUCUACAUCUACGACAGACCGAGUACGCGAGCCCCAUCGAGGAGAUUGCACUCAGCAGGGCGCGCAAGACGGAGCUGCCGACGGAGGCGACGCUGGCCGAGAUUCCGGACAGCCGCUCCGCUCUCGGAGCGCUGGGAUGGCUCUCGUCGCAAACUCGACCAGGCUUGGCCGCCGGAGUGGCCAUGGGGCAACGCGCGCAGAACAGGCCCACCAUGCAGGAUUUGCCCGGGGCGAAUUGGCUCAUCAAGCUGGAGCGGAAGCACGCGGAUGUGGACUGCGCGGACGAGCCGGCUGAGGGUGGCAUAUCCAAGCUUCUCUUCACAGCGGUGGGAUCAAGCAGCAAGGACAAGGCGAUGAGGAACAGCUCGCAGAACCACGACACCGCGCAGCUGGCCGCCGCGGGGGGCUGCUUCGGCAACAACGAGCAGGUGCUCCGAGGCUACGCGAUCAUUCUCACGCAUCCCGGCGUGCCGACGGUGUUCAUGGGCGACUACAACAGGGGCUCACACGUGCGCGAGAAGAUCCUUGCGCUGUGCAGCAUCCGCCAGGAAGGGGGCAUCCACGUCACCUCGAACUGCGAGAUCCGGGAGGCGCGCGGGGGGCUCUAUGCGGCGAUCUGCGGCGGCAAGGUGGCCGUGAAGGUCGGCACCGACGACUGGAACCCGGGCAACGGCUGGACCUUCGCGUUGGCAGGCCACGAAUUUUGUGUGUGGGUCAGGCGCUGA